AUGUUGAGAGCAUCUGACAAAAAAAGGUGCGAGGCUGCAGUCGGGCUAGACCAGCUCCAGGCAGGAACUGCCUUCGUGGCCCAGCAGGUGGGACCCACUGUGGGAGGGAGCUGGCGCAUCACUGUGGCUGCCAAGGCUCGAGUUCUGUAUGACUUUGCUGCUGAACCUGGAAACAACGAGCUGACAGUUAAUGAAGGGGAGAUUGUUGUUAUUACUAACCCGGAUGUAGGUGGAGGCUGGCUGGAAGCAAAAAAUAGCCAAGGAGAGAGAGGACUUGUACCAACAGAUUAUGUUGAAAUUCUUCCUGAAAGUGCAAAAGAUGGAUUCACUUGUGGCAAUUCAACAGCUGACCAAGCCUUUUUUGAUUCCCUUUCCUCAAACACAGUUCAAGUCAACUCCGCUGAUAAAAGCAACAAUCAGGUUACCAAUGCCAAUGACCCCUGGUCAAACUGGAACGCGGGUAAAUCUGGAAACUGGGACAGCGCAAACUCUGGUGACAGCUGGGCAACCAAACCUGAAAGUGCAGCUGGACAGAAAAACAGUGCUUCAAACAACUGGGAGGCAGCAGGAGCAUUUUUUAAUCCUUGCAGCACUGAAGGUGGAGCAGCUGCUGACGAUGAUGAUUGGGAUGAUGACUGGGAUGACCCCAAAUCCGCUUCACCACAGUAUCUUGGUUAUAAGGAAUCUGAGCCUUCUGAGGCAGGGGGCCCUCAGCGUGGAAAUACUCGGGGAGCUGCCAUGAAACUACCACUUAACAAGUUCCCUGGAUUUGCAAAACCUGGAAUGGAACAAUAUCUGUUGGCAAAGCAGCUAGUGAAACCCAAAGAGAAAAUUUCCAUAAUUGUUGGUGAUUAUGGGCCAAUGUGGGUUUAUCCUACCACCUCAUUUGACUGUGUGGUGGCAGAUCCCAAAAAAGGUUCCAAAAUGUAUGGGUUGAAAAGCUACAUUGAAUAUCAGCUCACGUGUACUAACACAAAUCGAUCAGUCAACCACAGAUAUAAACACUUUGACUGGUUAUACGAGCGUCUCCUAGUUAAAUUUGGAUUAGCCAUUCCAAUCCCAUCUCUUCCAGACAAGCAAGUAACAGGGCGUUUUGAAGAAGAAUUUAUCAAAAUGCGCAUGGAGAGGCUCCAGGCUUGGAUGAGUAGGAUGUGUCGUCAUCCAGUUGUUUCAGAAAGUGAAGUUUUUCAGCAGUUCCUUAAUUUCCGGGAUGAGAAGGAAUGGAAAACUGGAAAGAGGAAAGCAGAAAAAGAUGAGAUUGUAGGACUUAUGGUAUUCUCUACUAUGGAACCAGAAGCUCCUGACUUGGACAUGAUAGAAAUAGAACAGAAAUGUGAUGCAGUUGGUAGGUUCACCAAAUCCAUGGAUGAUGGAGUUAAAGAGUUGCUGACGGUGGGACAAGAACACUGGAAGCGUUGUACAGGACCAUUACCUAAGGAAUAUCAGAAGAUAGGAAAAGCCUUGCAGAGCCUGGCACUGGUUUUCAGCACCAGUGGCUAUCAAGGAGAAUCUGAUCUCAAUGAAGCAAUAACAGAAGCAGGAAAAACAUAUGAAGAAAUUGCCAAUCUUGUGGCAGAACAGCCAAGGAAGGAUCUCCAUUUUCUGAUGGAAACAAAUCAUGAAUACAAAGGGUUUCUUGGUUGCUUUCCUGACAUUAUAGGAGCUCACAAGGGAGUAAUAGAAAAAGUGAAGGAAAGUGACAAAUUAGUCGCGACCAGUAAAAUCACACCACAAGACAAACAGAACAUGGUGAAGCGUGUAAGCAACAUGGCUUAUGCACUACAAGCUGAGAUGAAUCACUUCCAUAGUAACCGGAUUUAUGACUACAAUAGUGUGAUCCGCCUCUACCUGGAGCAGCAGGCACAGUUUUAUGAAACGAUUGCACAAAAGCUGAGGCAGGCACUCAGCCGCUUUCCAGUGAUGUAGGAAUAAGCAGGGGUGAAUGAAGAAGAACCUUCCAAAGUGCUUUUCUGGUUUUGGGGGGCAACGCCAAUAAAAGCUUGAUAGUCUUUGCCAUCCCAAGCAAACAGUCUAAGUUGCAAAAAAGCAAAAACUUUAACAUGUUUACUUCAUCAGCCUAAAUGCAUCUGAAGCUUAGGUUAUUUUUACCUUGAAUGCCUUCCCUCAAAGCCUUCUUGUGCUGGAAGGUGCUGUCAAGUUUAGGAAUUGAUUUUGUCAAACUAGUCUGUUGCCAUGGACUACAUUCAGACUUACAGGUUAUCAUAAGUUCUUCCAAUUUAUUCUUACUCAGUGUCAGAUGAUUAGGUAUUUUAAAAACAGGUAGGCAGAUAAGGCUGAAAAGUGACCUAAUAAAAACCUGCCCUUUGGUAUUUUUUUUUCCAGCUACUAAGUAAAGUCUGUAUACGUUUUACAGCUACACAUUCAAGAUAACCUCUUGAAUGUUCUGUUCAGUGAUCUUUUUAAUCAUAGGUGCAGCAUAUAGUCAGUGACAUGCAGUCUCCAUAACUGGCAAAAUGAUAGUUCACUCCCUCUCCCAUAAUCACUUAAUAUUCUGUUCUUGUGGCACAAAGCUUCAGAGUUUGAGAAUGUUUAGCACUCUCUCUUUUUCUCACUUCCGGGUCAUGCACUGUGCAAGGAAACUUUAAUUAAGGAAAGAGCCAUUCCAGGAAGCUGGAAAAAUAUUCUUUAAUACCAGCAUUCUGUCACCCUCUCAAAUAUUAUGCAGCCAUACACUGGUGCUUCUCAGUGCCAUGUAAUGGCCAUCUUCCCUCUUUGCCCACUCAGGAGUCUAAGGGUAUUGGCAAAGUAUCACUUCUGACCCAGGGUGGUAGACAGCCCAGAAUUACUGCCAACUCAGGUCUUCACAUAGUAGCAUGAAGUGCUACUUGCUCCAUUUCAGCUUUAAUAAAAGGAAACCUAAUUUAAUCAGUAGUAGCUAAAAGGAAGAGUUUCUUGUGUAAACUAAAAAGUGACCUUUGAGGUGUUGAAUAAAAUUGGAAUUUGUGUGGCAAAUAACUUAUUAAAAAUAGGACUGUAGUGUUCAGAGCACAGAAGUGGUGGCAUGGAGUCACUUUUCUCGACUGCCAAAAUGCUACUAAAAGUCUGGACUUUAGGAAAAACAGCUUGGUGUGGUUACGAGAUGGUAAUUCAUGUAAUGCCACAAACAAGCAAGGAUGCCAAAACACAGCUUUUGUUAAAACUUUCCCUUAAAUUAUUCCUUAAAUUGUUUAUGUUCAUUUUACCCACAAAGCCAUUCUAAGUGACGGGUAUAUUAUGUUGAUUCUAUAGUUGCCUUACUUUAUUGUGCAUUGCUGUUUUUGUGUCCUUACAUUUUUCUUUCUUUCUUUAAAAUAAAGAAAAAUCUGGGUCUGUCUAAUAUAAAAACCAAAAACAAAACAAAAAAACUAGGUCUGAAUCCAGAUACUUGUCAUAAGUUUCUUUCUUAUUUUAUAAACUCUGUUUUCCCUGCUAAUUUAGUUCUCUUCCAAAUUCCAUAGAGCAGUGUUGUGGUACAGCCAUUUAAAUAUGUACAAAUUGUAAAGAAUGUGUAUAAAUAUUUUACACCAAAUGUAAGAUCUUGCCUGCAUGUCGAAGCAGCUUAUAAAAUAAAUUGUUACCGUGUGUACAGUAAAUUCUGAAAGCACUUUUUCAAGCCAACAUUUUUUCAGCAUUUUUAUGUUCACUUUUUGGUAAUGAAAAGCUCUUUGUUAACUGACUCUUAACUGGGGACUUCCUUUUACGGAGCCUUCAGCUGAUUCUGAUGCACUAAGUUACAGGUUCUGCAUCUUCAAUAGAUGGCUUUGGAAUCUAAGCAUUAGAUGUUCAUUCCCAGUGCAGGGAAACUAUGUCAGUAGCAACUGUGUCAGACAUAUAACAUUCUUUGAAAUGAGCAAAUCUGUUUCACUUCUAGAAAAUGAAGGCCUUUCAACUGAUAAUAAACACUUAUGUAUACCCA